AUGAAUGAUCGAAUCAAUCGCCCUGUGAAAGCUGCCUGUCUAGCUUGUCGCACUUCGAAAACACGCUGUGACGGCCAAAACCCGUGCCGACCGUGCACAUUAAGAGAUCGCAUUUGCACCUACAGACCCAGUAGAAGGGGCGGGCCUCGUCGAGGUCAUCGACAGGCUGUCGAGUCAACUCCGCUACCGCCAUCACAGGCCGCAGCAAUAAUCGAUGCUCCGCAGUCUACCCCUUCACUGACAGAUGAGUCCACUCUGACGCCUGUGGACUCGAAUCUCUGGGGUUCAGCGACUCCUUUCUCUUCACUUGGCAGGAACCAGGAUUCAGGCAGAGCUCUGAAAGACGUUUGGCCCCCUCCGCAUACGGAGUCACAAGGUGAUCUUCAAGGGCCGGUUCUGCGGGUGUAUACUUCCGAAGAAGAAAUACAGAAUGCCUAUUACCAUUUUGUCCAUCCGUGUCUACCUCUACUGCCCCCUCCUCCGACGUCGUCUCUGCCUCAGGAAAAUCCACAUGUCUUCCAGCCCUCGCAUGGCCUGGCCGGCACAGUGAAGCUAUCCUGUCUGCCCUACCAGCCGACGUCCUCGCUGAGUCUAGCACUAUCUGCCAUUCUGGUCUUGAUACCACCUCCGCAUGAUAGGAAUCAAUCCGAACCCUGCAGUGUGUGGCUACGACGGUCCUACGCUCAGCUCUUUGCGCAAGCUGCUCUCCGUACGGCAGAGAAGGAGAUUGAGGACUUUGCAGGCGGCUGGCCAAGCUCCGAUGGUUUGGUAGAAGGCCGAACUUUCCAUCCGCAAUUACCGACCCAGUUGCACCCGAUUCUGGCCCUGAUUGUCCUCAGCGUAUAUGACUUGUGUCAAUGUGGUAAUAAGUCACGUAUGCGGAUGCGCGCUAAUCAAGCCAUUACCACAGCUAUGGAUUAUUCGCUUCACCAGCUUGAUGAGAACGCAAUAGAAGCACAGCGUCGAGCAUGGUGGACUGCGGUCAUCAUCAUGUACCAUUCGUCGGCCAUCAAUGACUCGUCGCCCAUCAUCAACAUCAGUGAUCCGAGAAUAACCACUCCAUAUCCUAGAUUUGAUAUUCACUGUAAAGCCUCAGAGCCUUGGUCGCUCCUACUGAAAGCGCAGGACGCCAUCGUCUCCGUCUGGGCUGUGAUGCGCCCAGUAACUGCGAAAAGCCAAAACAGUUCACCGGCACUGGAUCUCCGGGAACAGGCUUGUCGUCUUGACAGGCACAUACUAUCAUUGGCGGCGGACUGUGACCUGGAGUCGGAAGCAGGGAAAAACGAUCGAGCCGAAAACCUGGCCGCUUUGAGCCUGUGGAAGACUGCUUGUGCCAUGACACAUACUGCCCGAGUCAAGCUCCAUCGCUACAGAGCUUUCUCCGACAUUCCCAUCUUUUUGGAGAAGCAUUGCGACCUUGAUUUUCUCAAGCUGGAUGGUUUUCCAUCGCAGACCGCCUCACUUCCGGCGCAGUCGGAUCUGGAUUCGAUCUUUCCCUUCACCCAGAACGAGUCAUCAGUCAUCUGCUUAAAGUCGUCCCUUGCAAUUUCGCGUGCCCUAGCAGGCCUACCACUCUCAGUUUACCUGCCUCUGCGUACAGAACCAAGAAUCAGCUCCGAUGCCACAGGAUACACCGGAUCCCUGCCAUUUUUUAAAUGUGCCGCGAUGCAGGCCUCCUACGUGUUGUAUAUGCUGGUGCACCGGGUCCGGGCGGCGCUGUCAUCAAAACGCCUUUCGGUCUGCUAUCCGCUGCUAAACCACCCAGAACCCGUGACCGAAGUUCAAGAUGCAAACCGAUUGAUAGAGGAGCUCCGUAACGGGGCUCAUUCUAUGAUUGUCUGCAUGAAGCGGGACUCGAUUUUUGAAGGUAUUGGCGGCAUGAUACGUGAUCUUGACGCAGCCUAUUUCUCUCUUUUUCCGAACUAA